AUGUCUGAUGUAAAAAGUUUUCUAUCUGUGAUUGUCGUCGUUCCCAAUGCUCAGUGUUAUACAGUUAUGUCUGGUUGGGCAAUUAAUGCCAAAGAUAUUCCCAGUAAAAUGGCACUUAUUUCGCGGUCGGUUGUUAAAUUGGAGCGUAAGUUUCUGCAAGAUAUUAAAAAUAGUCAAGAUCACUCUUCCCCUACCUGUAAGGGACAUGUCUCGCUAUCAGACUUGCUUCGACAUGGUACUUUGUCUGUUUCCCUGUUGAAUCCUAGUUCAGCUCCGGCUACCAUCUUAUUUUUUACGGAUGGUUGUUUCUCGACGUCUGAUUUUGAAGUUCCAGAACUAGUUUUGUCUCAUUUAAAUUCAGAGCGUGUAAGAUGUGUUUUCGUCUUGUUAGCAGAUGAUGUAACUGCGCAUACAGGCUCUUCAUAUAUUCAAAACAGUUUGUUCAAGCGAUCUUCUUUCUUGUCUGCAGGCAUACAACAAGUCGAGCUUUGCAGUCUUGUAGCCAAAAACACCGAUGGAUUUGUUAUGGCUGUUCCACUUGAAAGCAAUUAUGCAUUAAUUCAAGAAGGAGUACAAAACGAACUAAUUGAAUCUUUGUUGGCUAUUCCUAUCAUACAUCACAGGGAAUUCGCAACAGAUAGCAAUUUCAACUGUAGCUCCAGGGUAAUGGUCAAAGCAAGCUCAAAACUAAUAGAAUUACCUGCGCACACAGUGUUAAUGACAAGGUUAAAGAGUGGGUUCAGAUUAAAAGCUGUAACUCUUUCAACGAAAUCAGUUGUAUCCAAGAGCCGCAUGGUCGGCAAAGAAAAAGGCUCUUUUUGUAGCAGUAGUGAACAAGUGGAUGUAUGUGUUCCUAUCACUGAAAAGGAAAGGGCAUCCAUUGAUUGUUCGGUUACUAAAAUAAAGUUAGAUCUUGAAAUGGUGUGGGGAGUAAACAUAACUUUCCAUUGUUCAAUAAGUGGAGGAUGGAUCCAAUUUCUUCACCCUUCCUUGUAA